AUGCGUACUCGACCUGUAGCAAUUGCUCCCACGCCCAACCAGACCCCGGGUGAGUAUGGGAACGACGACUUAGAAGCCAACCGCACGAUGCCCUACACCUGUCAACAGUGCGUGCGCAGAAAGGUCAAAUGUGACAAGACUCUCCCGUCAUGUUCAAGCUGCGGCAAAGGCGAAUUUGAGUGCGUCUAUCAAGCACCGAACCCCCCGCGAAAGCGGAAGCGGAAGCGGAACGAGGACGUGCACGAGCGGUUGGUACGGUAUGAGCGCAUCUUACAAGAAAGUGGUCUUCUCCCUUCAGCCGAUGGCAAACAGACACACCAGAGCACGCAAGAUCCAAUCUCUCCGGCGAGAAGGACCGGCGAAUUGCUCUCUGGUGACGGCAAAUCCCGGUAUAUUGGCAGCAGUCUCUGGCUCAAUACUGGGCCAGUCAGCAUACAUGAACUAUCAGAGGAGGAAGACGAAGACCAACCUAUUCCGCCAGUGGGCACAAACUUGUUCACAACGGAUCCAAUAAGCGGUGCGCUGCUUGGAGGCUCGCAGCCUCUUGUCCACUAUCAUCCCAGCUACAAGGACGCGAUGAAGCUUUGGAUGGCGCACGUUGAGAAUGUCGAGCCUAUUUGCAAAAUCUUGCACAUUCCAACAAUAGCGAAAAUGGUCGAGACAGUCUCUCAGAAACCAUCGAUGGCAUCAAAGGCGGACGAGUGCUUGUUGUUUGUCAUUUACCACUUUGCCGUAUUCUCCAUGUCGGAUGAGGACUGUAUGCUCGAAUUUGGGCAGCCACGCAUUGAAUUAAUGUCCAAGUACCAAUACGCGGUUCGACAAGCCCUAGUCAACGCAUCGUGGCUUAAGACAACAGAAAUGCCAAUUAUCCAGGCCUACGUGCUCUUUCUCAUCUCGAUCCGCACACAGACUGAUCCUCACCUAUUCUGGAUGUUGACCGGUAUCGCGGUCCGCAUCGCCCAGCGCAUGGGACUCCAUCGCGAUGGAGAAGGUCUCGGAUUAUCUCCAUAUGAUGUUCAAAUGCGGCGGCGACUGUUCUGGCAGCUUCUCCCUCUCGACGGAUACGCUGGUCAAGUCUCGGGCACCGGCAUUUCCAUCUCGCCUAACAGCUGGGACACUAAACCACCGCUCAACAUCAACGAUGCGCAGAUCUACCCUGAUAUGACGCACCAGCCAGAAGAGCUGAACGGCGCUUCCGAGAUGAUUUACUGCCUCACGAAAGCAGAGUUGUCCAACUUGUACACGCGCACUGGGGUCGAAACGAAGGACGCCGGCGGUACGAUCCAACUGAAGGCCAGUGGAGAACUUGAAAGGCUUAUCGACGAGGUUGAAAGCACUAUUGAGACCAAGUAUCUCCGGUACUGCGAUAUCAUCAACCCGCUGCACUUUCUUGUACUUGGAAGCGUAAGAUCCGCCACCAAUGCGGUACGGCUACGCAACCGAAUCUCCCCGCUGAUGAAUCAUACCAUUGGCGAUUCCAAAAGGAAACAGCUUUGCGAGCUAGCUCUGAAGAUUCUCGAUACCGACUGCACACUCUACAGUAACCCCCAACUAAAGAGGUUUCGUUGGAAAAUAAAGGCAGUCUUCCUCUGGGAUGCGCUCAUGUGUGUCCUGACCAGCCUGGCAAAGGUCGGCAUCUUUUCACCCAUGGAGCGCAAUAGCAUCUGGAGCAAAAUGGCAGACAUCCACUCGUACCACCCUGAGAUUAUUGAUGCCAAGACAGCGUUCCAAGCUGCGGUUGGCAGACUAACACUCAAAGCCUGGGCAGUCAAUCCACCAAGCGAUGCAGCGCCCGAGCCGGAUUAUAUCACAACCUUGCGCUCGCAACGCAAAGCCAAGGUCACCAGCCCCCUAGACAAGACUAAAAAUGGUACACUUCAUAAAGGAUGUGUAACGAGUGUGACCUCGUUAAAUGAUUCCCUUCCUGGCAGCCCUGAUGAAACGGAGUUUAAUUUGGCCGGCAAUUUCAGUCUGUUUCCGGCGGAGUGGUUGUUUGAAGAUCAGCUUAUCAGCUUUUGA